ACAAAAAAGCGCUCUCUAUGUUUGACCUCUGCAUAAACGUGCAUAGCUUAUCUAUUACGAUAUUAAGGUGUCCGCAGUUUCCAUAAUAAUAAUCAAUAAUAAACAUAAUAAUAAUUAAUAAGGAUAUUAUGAUUAAUCAAUAAUACAACAAAUUAAACCUAAUUUUAUGUUGAUAAUUUUCUUCUGAAUCUAGUCCAUAGUCUUAAGAUUAAAUAUGAAUUGUAAUUCAUUUAAACACUGCUUUUUGUUCCUGGCCAUCAUAUUGGUUAUCUUAUUCAAUGUUACCGUUCAAGCCGAAUCAAGCCGCGAACUAUAUGACAUCGAAGGCACAGUUAUGCUUCCCAGUCUGAAAACUUCCUGGUUAGCCGAAACUGUUGUGCAACUUAAAGGAGGCGAAGCAGUUGGUUUUCUAAGGUAUGCAUAAUUAACAAACUUAUGUAAAAUCUUUAUCACACCUGAGCACAUUUAAGCUCCCGUGGUUCCAUUUACUUUGAGCAAUCGCCAAUGAUCAACAGUUUGAGUUAAUGACUUGUGUACAUAAGUGAUUUAGAGUUAUCUCGAAUGUGCUUAGAUGUAGAUGCUUAUUUGAGUCAAUUAUCAAUAUAAUAUGGGUAAACUUAAUAUUUAUUUUCAAAGGUUUCGAUUUAUUUUAUUCUAUAAUAAAUAUUUUCGUUUUUUUUUUUUGUAAAUUCCUUUUAUUGUUUAUUUGAAAUGUUUUUAAUAUUUUAUCAUUCAAUAAUUUUAUAUUUUUUUAAUAUUUUGAAUAAAGUCAUCACAAUAUAGUAAUAAUUUUUUAUAGUUAAAAAUGUGCAUGGUGCAUUUUUUAUCAAAUCAAAUUUACAUUUUCAACAACUUAAAAAUCAUUUUUGCUUUCUAUUUAAAGAAGUCCAAUUUGCUGAUCACACUAAAUUUCCCGACCUGGAAUCUGAAAGAAAUAUCUUUGAUGGUUAUACUCUAAAUUAAGAUACACUUAGUAUCAACCUAUGGUAUUGACUAUUAACAAUAAUUAACUCUUAGUAAAACUAACAGUUUUCUAUGAUUUUUUUUGUCAAGGAAAAGUUUAUAGUACAAAAAAUAUUCCCUAUUAAAACCAUAACUAAAUAUAUAAAAAGAUAUUAGAAGUAAUUAAAAAAACCGAAAUGAUUAUAGACAAAUUCAAAAAUAUGUAAUAGUUAAAAAUUGUAUUAGUAAUAUAUUCAAACUAUAUUUGUAAAUAUAAUCUGGUUGUGUAAAUUAGUAUUGUAUUUGUACACUAAUGUACAGAUAUGAAAUCUAUAUUUCAGCCUGGUUAGAGAGUUAGUUUAAUCUGGCCUGUAAAUUAGUACGCCCUUAAUUCAUUACAAUUAUUUUUGUAGCACUAUAAUGUAUAUUAUUUUUAUUCCAAUAGGAAAAAUGGGUCUUUUCUCAUUUCCAAAGUCCCAUCAGGGUCUUAUAUUGUUGAAGUAGUCAAUCCAAAUUACUUCUUUGAGCCAAUUAGGAUUGAAAUUAAUUCAAAAGGAAAAUAUCGUGCACGUAAAGUAAAUUAUAUUCAGUCAUCUUAUGUUCAUCACAUGCCAUAUCCAUUGGAGUUUGUAAACUAUAUGCCAGCCAAAUACUUUUACUCAAGGGAACAGUGGAAAGUUACAGAUUUCCUUUUUAAUUCAAUGGUAAAUUUUCAGCAUCAAUUUUAUGUAUUAGAUAUAAUCAUUUCACAUUUGCCUUUCAAUUUUUAGGUUUUGACCAUGGUAUUACCUCUUCUUGCCAUAUUAAUUUUGCCAAGGUUAAUGAAUGACCCAGAAACUAAGAAGGUUUGAUAUAUAUAUAUAUAUACAUAUACAUAUAUUAGUCUGAAUGAUACUAUUAUUUAUUCAUAUUUUACAGGAAAUGGAACAAUUGAGCAAUUUAAAACAUGAUAUGCCUGAAAUGUCUGAAAUGAUAACAUCCUUCUUCACUGGAAAUGCACCACCUACUGAGAAACCAAAAGAGAAGCCUAAAGCCAUAAAAAAUUGCAAAAAAUUCAACAAAAAUAACUAAUUCACUAAUUUAAUAAUUAUUAUUUAUCAUGCAGUCAUGUAAAUUUGUAAAUUUAUCAAAAUUAUGUUUUGGUUAGGCACUUUUUGUAUAUAAAAGUAUAAGACAAUAUAUAAAACUAUUAUGUGUUUAAAUAAAAAAAAUAAUAAGUAUUAUACAAUAUAUAGGGAAAUAAUACAUUCAAUAAAUAAAUUACUGGUUUAAGAAAAUAUUGUAUAAUUUAAAAAGAAGAAAAGUAUUCAUCUUGUUUCAUAGAAUUCUGUAUUCAUAUAUAGACAUAACAUUAUCACUUAUAUUCCAAUUUAUAGCAAAUGAUAAUAUGUAUAAGAAAAUUAGCAGAAUAAACGGACUUAAUAAUACUUGAGUUUUGUGCAAGAUGGGUAAGCCUGAAAAAAAAAAUACAUUACAAAUAAUAAUUAAGGGUGUACUUUUAAUUAUACUUAAUUAUAAUGUUGAUAAUUAACGAGUUAUAAAAUCAUCAAAACUAUUUUACUUAAAACACCAGAAUAUAACUCAAUGUAACUUUUUUUUUACUAAACAACUCAACAUUAGUAAAUGUCAAAAUGGUUAAAUGUUUUAUUUACUAAUUUGGCAAAACAAAUAUACCUACAUAUUUUGGUGCAAAAGUUAUAAAUAACAUUAAAGAGAUUCUGUAUGUUUUUCAACAACAUACAAAUUAGUGAAUAAUAUCUUUACAAAAAGCAUAUUCUUGAUUAAAUAAAAAAAAUCGGAUAAUAAAUUACACAAAAUAUUUAAUACUUACAACUGUAUCCUAAAAAUGUGAUGUACAAGUAAUAGCCAAGAGCUAUAAGCCAGAGUGUGUUGCCAAUAAACAAUGGCAAAAACCAAUCAUGUUUGAGAAAUACUAAAUAAAACAGAAAUUAGUAUAUUA